AACGAGAGAGUUUGUGUGUAGAAGAGAGAAAAACGCAGUACAGGUCACUCUUCGAGGACACAGGCAGAAUAAUUCAUCAAGAAUGGGUUGCUUCGGAUUCCUCAAAGUCAUGAUGUUUGUCUUUAAUGGCAUCAUCUUUUUGGCGGGCGCUGCCAUCCUGGGCGUGGGGAUCUGGGUGAAGGUGGACAGCGGCUCGAUCCUGGGGUUCCUCAAGGGUAUAAAAGACGCUCCGGCGGAGAUGAACCAGAUCCUAAAUGUGGGCUACCUGUUGAUUGCUGUGGGGGCCGUGCUGCUGAUUGUAGGUUUCCUGGGCUGCUGUGGCGCCAUGAAGGAGAGCAGGUGUAUGCUGCUCAUGUUCUUUGUGAUUGUGUUGGUGGUGUUCAUUGCAGAGGUGGCUGGAGCAGUGGUUAUCCUGGUGUUUAAACCCUUGGCAGGUCAGUUGAUUGAGAAACUGGGAACCAAAGUGGUUCAGAACAUUAGGAAGGACUAUGGAGAAAAUUCAGACGUCACCGCUCUCUGGAAUGCUACUAUGGAUACGCUAAAGUGCUGUGGAUUCUACAACUAUACAGACUUCACUGACUCUCCAUUUGAAAAAUACACCCAUCUCUAUCCUCAACAGUGCUGCCACAGUGCUGAUUUCAGCUCUUGUGAUGAUACAAGUGCUACAAUCAUCGGCUGCUUCCCAAAGCUUAUGCAACUGAUUGAUAAAAACACUAUUGUCAUUGUGGCAGUGGCAUUGGGGAUCGCUGCCCUUGAGAUAUUGGCGAUGGUUGUCUCCAUGACUUUGUACUGCAUAAUAGGCUCAAAGAGUGACUGAAAACCAAUGGAGGGAGGGCCAUAGAAACACCUGACUGGAUGGCAUCUCUGGACCCUCCUUAGGACAACUACAGGGAUGGAUGCAUAAGAAUCUCUGAAAUCACCAAGGCUGAAGAGAAAUCUAAGGAAGCUUUGUGAUAAGGAGAGGCGUCCCACCACUAAGCCAGUUUAAAUUAAAUCCUGUACGAGAUUAUUGGAUAUAGGAAAUGUCUAUUUGUAUUGAAGUCUUUUAUUGUAUUGUAUACAUAGUUCACCUGAAAAUGAUGCAGUCUUACAUUUAGAUUGCAGCAAUACAUUGCGUCCUAUGUCCAUUCCACUCUGCACAGUAUCAUCAAGGUUUUUAUUAAAAUAACAAUAUCAA